AUGGCUCAACUAUGCGAAGCCAGUACAAUAUUAAAAAGAUUGAGUGAACGAUUGUAUCAAUAUAGCAAUUGUCAACAACCUGAUAUAGACUCACUACAACAAAUAAUUGACAGUCCAUUAUUUAAUACAUUAUACAAUUUACAGGAAUCAUUUCAACAAUUAAAAGUUGAAUUUGAAAAAGGAAAUCCUUCAAUAAAAGAUUGUUCAUUUGAUUUUGAUCUUGAAGGCCAUUUAAAAUUUAUUAGCAAGAAAAUAACAAAUCAAAAUAUUAAAAAUAAUAAACGUUUAGCGAAUGAUAAUAUUCUUCGAAAAAUUAUCUUAACUAAACAAACACCUGACGAAUCAUUAGGUUUUAGUAUAAUCGAAAAAAAACAUCGUUUAUUUGAUAUUAAUGCGAUCUUUAUCGAAGGUAUUCAAUCGAAUGGUAUUACUGAAUUAAAUGGUCAACUACAAAUAGGCGAUCAAAUAGUGUGUAUCAACGAUAUUUAUUUAAAUUCAAAAGAUACAACACUUGCAUUUCGUGCUCAUCAACUUCUUAACGAUUCAACACGAUUAUCUAUAGAACUUGUUGUUAUUUCUACAACUUUUGAUUAUCCUCAUGCGGCUGUGUCAACGUCUAACAACGACGGACACAGCUGUGUUCCGACAUUGUCGACGCCUUUUCACGUCGACAUGGUGCUAAAUACAUUGUGGACACAAAUUGAAGUUGUUGAACUAACGAACGACGGAUCCGGCCUUGGUUUUGGUAUUACUGGUAAUAAGUCGACGGGUGUUGUUGUUAAAGCAAUAGUGCCUGGCUCGACUGUUGAUAAGGAUGGCCGUAUCCGUACGGGUGAUCAUAUAUUUCAAAUAAAUCAUAUAUGUGUACGUGGUAUGAGUUCUGAACAAGUAGCUAGUAUACUUCGACAAAGUCCUCAACAAGUACGUCUUGUUGUUGCACGAAGUAUACGUGAACCAACAUCAAUUGAUACAACAAUGAAUACACCUCCAUUAGUGUCACAACGUGCAUCAUUAACAUCGGAAACACUAAUUCGACCGACAAAUAAUGUUGAUUUAUCAUUAACAGGAUCAUCUAUACCAAUAAUUAAUGAUAAUGAUACAACGUUAAAUAGUUCACAAAAUAAAAUUCUACUUCGUACAGAACGAUUACUUGAAAGCAAUCAUAGUUUUGAAAAAAUUCUUGAAAAUCUCCAUGAACAGUGUCAAAACGAAGACGGUACAGAAAUACUGGAUGUGACAUUGGAAAAAGGUGAUGAUGGUUUAGGUAUUACUGUAGCUGGUUAUGUCAGUCCGGAUUCAACAAAUAAUGAUGCUAUAGCUGGUAUAUUUAUUCGUGAUAUAACAGAAAAUAGUGUAUGUGCACGUGAUGCUCGCUUAGCAAUAGGUGAUCAAAUUGUCGAAGUUAAUGACCAAUCACUCAGUGGUUUUUCAAAUGUUCAAGCCCUUUAUUUAUUACAAAAUACAAGUUCAUCUGUACGAUUGAAAGUUCGACGUCAUCUUGAUGGUACUAAAUAUGAAAAAAUAAAAGAAAUGAUUGCUCUUGAAUCAGCACAUCAAAUCGAUGAAAAAUUAAAAUUUCAAUCUCAAUUAGAUAUAAAUGAGCAGAUGCAUCAAAAAUGGAUAAAAUUUUUAGGCAAUGCUUAUGAAAUCUUAAUUGCUGAUGUUUAUAAACCUGAUAAUGGUGGUUUAGGAAUAACACUUGAAGGAACAGUUGAUAUUGAAAAUGGUGAAGAAGUUCGACCACAUCAUUAUAUACGAGCAUUAUUACGUGAUGGACCUAUUGGAACAGAAGGAACAUUAAAAUCCGGUGAUGAAUUAUUAGAAGUUAAUAAUCAAAUAUUAUAUGGAAAAAAUCAUAUACAUGUUAUUGAAAUUCUUAAACGUGUUAAACAUCAAAUAAAACUUGUUUGUGCUCGUCGUAAAAUAUCUGAAAAAACUGAAACAACAAUAUUAACUAAUAAUCAUAAUCGUUCUCGUUCGAUAUCAUUUGGUAAAACAGCUGAAAUUGUUGUUAAAGCUAAAAGUAUGGGAACAUUAGAUGGAACAGAUGGAUCCAUAAAUCUUCUUUCAUCAAUUAAACGACCUAUAAAAUAUAUUAAAUCUCGUUCAUUAGAAGUUAUUUCUAAUUUAGCUUUAUGGUCAACAUCAACAAUGGAUGUUGAAUUAGAUAAAGGUGAUAAUGGUCUUGGUUUUUCUGUUCUCGAUUAUCAAGAUCCAUCAAAUCCUAGUGAUUCACCUGUUAUUGUUAUACGAUCAUUAGUUCCUGGUGGUAUUACACAAUUAGAUGGACGAAUUGUACCAGGAGAUCGUUUAGUUGCUGUUAAUGAUAUAACUCUUGAGAAUAUGACAUUAGAUGAUGUUAUUAAAAUAUUAAAAUCUACAGCAAAAGGUCCAGUUAAAUUAAGUGUAUCGAAACCAUUACCCUAUCCAAAAUUUAAAAAUGAUAAUGAUGAUAAAAUUGUAACUGAUAGUGAUCAAGAUAUAAAUAAUAAUCAAAUAAAUGAACGUUCAUCACGUCUUAGUAAAAGUAAAACAUCAACUGAAAUUGUAACUAACCAUAAGCGUUCUGCCUCAAGUCAUCGUCCUUCACGUUCGCCAUCAAUAAAACAAGCAGCUGUUUCAGCUGGCAUUGCUUUAUCAGCUCCAGCUAUACUUAGUAAACAUGAAUAUAUGGAAUCAUUAUUAAAUCAAGAAAAUAUGAGAAAAAAAACCGAACAACGUGCAUCAAGUGCAAAUCGUACAUAUAAUCGUGACAAAAUUUUUACAAAAUAUUCAUCAUUAGAUAAAACAGCAAUUCUUAAAGACAAAGUUCGACAAUUAAACCUCGAAGAAUAUCUUGAUUUAUUACCAAGAAAAAAAUCUCAUACAAUAACAACAACACAACAAUUAUCGACAAAAAUAACAUUGAAUUUACCUGAAUUUUUAUGCUUUCAGUCAGAUCAUAUUGUUCUUAUACCACAGAUAGCUUCAUAUCCAUCUUAUGAUCGUUUACGAGGUCCAUCUGCUUUUUCCACAACUAAAUUUAAUCGACAAUCAGCAAAUAAUAACAAUAUAAACUCUCAAACAACAGCAACAACAGCCAAUCUAAGUGGAGGAGGUUCACCACGUUCCAGUUAUACAUCAGCAAAACGUUUGUCUCGUUCUCGUCAAAUACAGGAGACAAAUAAUAAUAAUAAUAAUAAUAAUCAUGAUCAUCAACAACAACAAACGCAUAUUUCAAGACCAACAUCAUUGCGACAAACGAUGAAUAUACUUGAUUCAAAAGGAUGUUUUCAUGAAGUGAGUAGAUUAGUGAUUUUUUUUUCAAACUCACUUGUCUAA